UGAAAAAUGGGAAUGUUUAAAAAGAUUUCGACAUUUUUUAAAAAUAAAUCUGAGAAAGUUACAAUUCUUGUCAUUGGCUUAAACAAUAGUGGCAAAUCAACAAUAAUAAACCACUUUAAGUCGCCGCAUGAGCAAGCUGCAAUUACAGUUCCAACAGUGGGAUUUACAUUAGAACAAAUAAGAAGUGAAGGCGUUUUAUUUACAAUGGUAGAUACAUCUGGUGCAUGGCGUUAUAGAAGCCUAUGGGAGCAUCAUUUUAAAAAUUGUCAUGGUAUUAUAUACGUUAUUGACUCAAGCGAUCGCAUGAGAUUGGUUGUGGUGCGAGACGAACUAGACACGCUUCUGCAACAUCCCGAUCUAGUAAAUAGAAGUAUACCCAUACUUUUAUAUAAUAAUAAAGUGGACUGCGAAGAUUCUUUGUCUAGUGUAAAAAUAGCAGCAGCAUUGGGCUUACACAAUAUUGUGGAUAAGCCUUGGCAUAUAACACCAAGCAAUGCAGUGACAGGCGAAGGCCUAGAAGAUGGUGUUCAUUGGUUAGUGCAACAAAUUAAAUCGAUGAAUUCUAAUAAUAAAAAGCUUAAGCGUUGAUUUAAUUGUAACAAUUAUUCUCUAGUAAUAUAAUAAUGGUGAUAAUAUAAAAAAAUAUAUUUUUAAAGUUAAAGCUUAAA